CUGGACCUCAUGCCUUCCUCCUGGUCCAACAGCUUGGUCGCUUCACGCAGCAGUAGAAGAGGGUGAUGGAGACCCUGCAAGAUCUGAUGGCUACAUGAACGCGUUCAACAUACCAUGGAUGUGGUGGAUCCUCAUCCCCCCAUCUCAUCAUCAGCUGAUUCUGGCCCACCGUCAUCCACCUCCAAUUGCCUUCCAGAAGCAAUGUUCUCUGCUCAUGCUCCGAGUCCUUGUCUGCCUGCAAACCCAGCACCCUCCUCCCUUGGGCCACGGCACUCCAAGCACAGUGCCACUGGGGGUUUUGCUGCUCUUGCAAAGCAGCUGGUGAUGCAGGAGAGGAUGAUUGCAGCUGGUCAGCUGGGAGAGGUUCCUUCUGCUCCACCUUGUGAAAGCUCUCUAUCAGACACAGAAACAGAGGCUGUGAUGGAGUUGCCUUUUGAGGAGUUGCAGGAGAAAGCGAAGGCUGGAGACACCCACGCGCAAACCAGCCUGGGAAGGUGCUACCUAGCGCUGGCUGAGGAGAAGAACGAGGAGAUCUACAACCAAAGGGCUGUGGACUGGCUGAUAAAGGCUGCCAGAUACGGCCGUAGGGAUGCCACCAAACUCCUACAGAGCUGCUGGACACAAAAGAAAGGUAUAACUGAAGAGAAUGAGGAGGAGGUGAGGAAGCUGUCAACAGAAAACAAGUUCGAGCAGGGAGUGCGUAAAGCUGCGCUGCUCAUGUACUGGAAGCUGAACCCCGACAAGAAGAAGAAGGUGGCUGUGUCCGAGUUGCUGGACAAUAUGGGACAAGUCGGCGUUCAGACGGAUGGAUCUGCCACAGCCAGUUGUGUCUCUACCUCUAUCCGGAAACAGCGGAAAGUUCUGGAGAACAUGGUCUCCAAAAAGUCCGGUAAAUACGUGGGGCUGGACGAUUUUGUGGAAAUCACCAAGAAGUACGCCCAGGGCAUCACUAGCUCACCGCUGCUUGAACCUCGCACUGAAGAUGAUGGGACGGCGACUGGGAGUAGCCUGGCCCUGCACAAGAAGGAGGACCCCAGAAGCGGGCUUCCCACAGCAUCUGCCAAGUCCACCUGCAAGCGGAUGCAGACUGCCAGAUGGGGAAUGGGGCGGGACAGCAGAACCAGCGCCAUGUCCAGAGCCUUGAACAUACAGUCCCACUUCCUGAUCCUGAAGUUCCCUCUGCAUUAUCUGGUGGAAAUGAAGGAGCAUGUGGUGGACUGGGGGUCACGUGCUGGGGUCCAGUGGCUCAGCACCAUUAUCCCCACUCAUCAUGUCAAUGCCCUCAUCUUUUUCUUCAUCCUGAGCAACCUUACCAUAGACUUCUUUGCCUUCCUCAUCCCACUGCUUAUAUUUUAUCUCUCCUUUGUGUCGAUGGUGAUCUGCACCCUGCGGGUGUUCCAGAACAGCAAGGCCUGGGAGAACUUUCGGGCCCUCACCACCUUGCUCACCACUUUCGAGCCCAGUCUUGAUCUAGAACAGGCUGAGACCAACUUUGGCUGGAACAAUCUGGAGCCCUACCUCUACUUCAUCCUCUCAGUCUUCUUCGUUAUCUUUUCCUUCCCUGUAGCUGACAAGGCAUGGAUACCAUGUUCUGAAUUGGCCACAGUUGCCAUCUUCUUCACAGUGGCAAGUUACAUAAGCCUGGGCCCAUCAGCACAGAUGUACACAAGGCUGGCGCUUGUCACCGAGGUGGCAUCAUCUCUUUGCAAUAUGACCAAGCAGCUGCCAGAGAGCAUGGCCGUUGCCCGCCUUCUUGGGAAGACUUUCAUGACGAUACCACUCGGUGACUUUGUGGUCCUGAAGCUCAGCAUCCCAUGCUUUCUCUAUAUGUACCUGUUCUACCUGUUCUUCCGGAUGGCACAGAUGCGGGGCUUCCGGGGCACCUAUUGCUUCCUGGUGCCCUACAUGGUGUGCUUCAUGUGGUGUGAGUUUUCCGUGGUGCUGCUGCAGAACUCCACCGCUGUGGGACUCAUCCGUACCUGUGUGGCUUAUUUUCUCUUCCUGUUUGCCCUGCCUGCACUCACCUUAGGCCUAGUAGCAAUGUUCCUGGUGCAGAUAGUCAAGUGGUUCCUUGAGCUGGAGCUGACAAAGAUGCUGGUGACCCUGGCUGUGUGCGCGGUGCCUGUCAUGCUGCGGCUCUGGACACGCUUCAGCUUAUCCCUGCUGGACGUCGUUCGGUCCGUGUCACGAAGCAAUGUGGUCAAGCUCAUCCUCGUGUGGAUCUCGGCUGUCAUCUUCUUCACCUGCAUGUACGUGUACAGUUCUGAGGGAAUGAAGGUGUACAACUCCACCCUAACCUGGCAGCAAUAUAGUGAAAUGUGUGGCUCUGAGGCCUGGCGGGAGUCUACCACUGCCCAAACACAGAUCCUCUGCAGCCACCUGGAGGGUCACCGCGUCACCUGGAUGGGGCGAGUUAGACAUGUGCGUGUGGCAGAGGCGGAAAACGGUGCCCAGUCUGUCAUAAACCUGUUACCUGCAUUUAUCGGCAACUGGAUGCGCUGUCUAUAUGGUGAACCCUACCCUAAGUGCGAUGGCAAGAAUGCAACGGCUGCUAUCCAGACAAGCAAGCAAGAGCUGGAGAAUGAAGAACAGCAGCAGCUGUGCCGCCUGAAGGCCCUAGCAAAGCACGAGUGUCAUGUGAAACGCUUCGACAGCUACAGGUUUGAGGUGACGGUUGGAAAACCUCCGGACCAGCAGGGGGUGCUCAAGAAGGAUGACCCCAGUGAGGACAUCAUACUGAAGGCUAGUCACGAGUUCAAGGCCACACUGCUGAACGUGGGCCUUGGCAGCCUUGUGGAGUUCAGCACAGUGCUUGAGGUCAAGCUGGGCAGCAAGCUGCCCGUGUUCGAGCUCCACUCGAUACACUGUCUGGACUGUCAAUCCGGCCUGAUGCCAGCAGGAAAGCAGUACAAGAUUGAGCCGGACUGGCGGGGCACGGCCAUAUGUGCCAUUGAGUUUGCCUUCAAUUUCUUUUUCUCCCCAUUCCUGUCAGCACGUAUAAACAAGUAGUCCUUUCUGAGCACUCUGACAAGAAGUGCAUAGUGUCACACUAAGGAGAAAGCUGGAUUGUGCCACUUUUUUAAAUGAUUCUGACAAAUGUCUAACUGCAAUUAAGAAAUACUAGUGAAAAAGUAUUUUGCAUUUUUUAUUUCUGCCAUAUUUUUAAUAUACAUUUUGAUCAGUAUGCAAGUCUUAAAAGACAGAUGGAUGCACAUGUUCCAUUUUAGUAAAGCGGUCAUCAAUUCCAAAGUGCAGAAAUACACUAAACUCAGGAAAAACUAUAGAAACAACUAUUAUUUCUCAAAGAACAGAAGCACUUAAUAAAGGACAAGUAAAAGUAACAGACUGUUAAACAAAGCAAUGGUACAAACUUAUGCAAAAAGCGGCAUCUGAAUGAAUUUCAAGAUUAGAGUAAACCUUCAUUGCACUGUGUCUGUUUCAUCACUAUGUCUUUAUGAAAGUUUUUUCUUAAACUGUGUGUUUACUGUGAGAACUGCUGUAUAAGGGAGAUUCCUCAUUUUGUUUCAACUCAGUGCUGUGAAUGAACUUGUAAAAGUCACUGUUGCACUGCUUUGUGUACAUGUUAUUCUGACCCCUCGCUGUGAAAGAACUCUAAAAAGUGUGUCCACAUAAAAUGGAACAUGCACAGUAAAGUGACUUGUAAUUUUUAGCAGCCAGUUAGUGGGACAAAACAUACAUGUUGCUUUUUUCUGAAUUAUGUGAAAAUAUCCUAUCAAUCACACAAGUCAGUCUGAUAUGCUUCCUGUGACCGCAGUUGGACAAUCAGGCAAGAGUCACACUGUCUGUGCUCAGAUUUGUGAGAAACUACGUUUAAUGAGUGUGGUAGAGUAAAAAUAUGGUUAGGAGCCACUGCAGUAUUAUUCAGCAAAAUAUUAAUUAUUAACAUCAAUAAGUAUCAACUUUGUUUACACUUUUAAAGAGGUAAAUUUCACGUUCAGUGUUUGUGAAUUUCAGUCUGUAUAAUAAUGUAGUGUUUCAGUUGCCUAUUAAAAGAAUUAUUCCUAUUUAUAGAA